CUCGUGCCGCCCUCGUUUUCAGUCGUGUGAUCGUAGCGCUACGAAAGUGUCAUUGGGCAAAAAUCGAACCAGUACAUUGGUCUUAAAAAUUACAUUUUGACUUUCUUUAAACUCUAAAAAAAAAAAUGGGUGUACCUGCUGGAAAUGCUGAAAAUGGAAAGAAAAUCUUCGUCCAGAGGUGUGCACAGUGCCACACAGUAGAAGCUGGUGGCAAACACAAAGUAGGUCCCAACCUCAAUGGUUUCUUCGGUCGCAAGACUGGUCAGGCAGCUGGAUUUUCAUACUCAGAUGCCAAUAAGGCUAAAGGUAUCACCUGGAAUGAAGACACUCUCUUCGAAUACCUCGAGAACCCCAAGAAAUACAUCCCUGGAACUAAAAUGGUGUUCGCAGGCUUGAAGAAGGCCAAUGAACGUGCAGACCUUAUCGCUUACUUAAAACAGGCCACUAAGUAAAUAUCUCAAUCUAGAAAAAGAAAACAAAGUAGGAGGUAUUUUCCAUUAUAUUUCUGGAAACUUCUUCCUAUUUUUUGCCCAAUCAGUAUCAUCAAAAGUGUAUUUUGCAAUGUUAAAAUUGCAUAACACAUUUAGUAAAUAAAUAUUGCCAUGUCAAGUUUUAACCAUGUUCAUUGAGUACAAGACAUUGUGUGGAGAAUUGAUUACUCAUAGCUUAACAAUGUUGUGAAAGGUUUUAAUGUUAUUAAAUUAUUAAUAGAUGUCACAUUUAGUUUUCAUUUUUGUAGUAUACUUACCUUAUUUAUAUAUUAUGGAUUAUAUUUCAGUUUCCAUAUAGGAAACAAUUACUGUUACCAUUGAAAUAGUUAAAUUAUUAUAAUUUUAAUAAAAGAAAUUUUAUGUUA